GACAGUUUAUACCCACAAGCAGCUUAAUUUAGAAGGUUUUAUUUGUUUAUACUACCCGUUUCAUUAUCUGUUAGACUACUCGUUACAAGAAUUUUCAAUGGGUAUUUUUGAUAACGUCAAAGCUUUUGUGCACUCCAUCACCACCGAUGAUCACUACGCGUCUUAUGACUCUCCUUAUAGAGACUCCGUCAUAAACAACAAUUCCAACUUGGUUGGUGGAAACAAUUUGAAUUCUUCCCAAACUAGAUUGAAUGAGCUUAACAAUGGAUCGUCUGCUUCUUUGGUUCCUGGUGCUGAAGGUGGCUCUGAAGCUGGUAAACAAGCUCCAUUUGUCACUUAUAGACCAGGAUUGCGGUCUUCCAACACAAACUUGAACGGUUCAGAUUUGCAGUUGCAGAGCUUGAACCGUAAUGGACAACCUCCUUUACCAUCCAUCGACUCUUUAUGGGAGCGCUUGGCGAAAUGGUUAGAUGAAGAAUAUCCAGAAUUAUAUGAUAGCCUUAAUGACGGUGUGACAACAGCUGAUUUGAAUGAAUUUGAAAAAGACUUGGGAUGCGGGGCGCUUCCAGUGGAACUUAGACAAUUAUACAAGAAAUGUGAUGGUCAAUUUAGUGGUGGAAAACCGACUGGUUUAUUUAUGGGUUUGGUGUUUUUAGAUCUCGAAAGCAUCAUUGAAGAACACACUAUUUGGACCAAAGUAGCUGAAAAAUUAGAAAGACAACAGUAUUACAUUCAAAAACAACAGAAGCAACAACUCAAAGUCGAUGAUUCACCACUCAUGGCUGAUUCUACCGACGUCGGUUCAUCGGUUGAAGGAAUCAAGGCCAAAUUGGUCGGUUUGGAUAUCAACAACAACUUCAUUGCCAAUCAAAGGUCUAUACCUCCAAACUCUAUUCAACCAUACUAUUCCCACAAAGGUUGGGUCCCUAUAUGCAGGGACUACUUUGGUAACCAGAUUGCUGUUGAUUUGGCUCCAGGUGCUACUGGUUCUUGGGGUCAGGUGAUUGUCUUCGGUAGAGAUUUCGACACCAAAUUAGUGAUUGCUUCCAACUUGCAAGAAUUCUUGUUCAUUUUCGUAUCUGAUUUGGAAAACGGAAAUUACAAGAUUGACCAGUCGGAAAUCGAUGCUUCUUUUGGCUACUUAGAAGCAUCUAGAAAUGAUGAUGACUUUAUUGGAGAUGAAGAUGAAGGUGAAGGAGAAUUACUCUUCUAUGAUAAAGAUAAUGAGUUUGGAAAAUCUGGUAAUCCUUUAACGUAUUUGGAUGUGUUGAAGAGGAGAACGUUGAAAAAACAUGGCAUCACCAAUGUAAAUCAUUUUGUCACAUCGUUUGUGCCUCAACCAACCAAAAGGCAAGAAAGACCCACUGAAUCGCAUUCUGCUGGUGCCUCCAAUACUGAUUUAUCAAAUACUCCCAGCCCUAUAAUCAAUUUGGAAAGCACAAGUAAGGUUAAUUUACCAAAGGAAACUAUUAUCGACGAUAAGUCCAACAUUACGGAAGAAGCUAAUGAAGAGACCAAACCAGAAGAAGCUGAAGUGACUGAAACUAAAACACCUGAAGUCAAUGAAACCGAAGAAACUAAAGAUGAACCUACUGCCGAUGCUUCUGAAGAGUUGAAGACAGUUGACUUAUAAAACAUGAUAGUCCCAUAGUUUGUAUGCUUGUAUAAUACUCAAAUCAAAUAUCUUAAAU